AUGGUUCCAUGGCGAAGGGCACUGGCGACGUAUUCCUCCAUCGCCAGUGUCUUAGCCGUCGACACUUUAAAAAAAAAUCUUUUUCAUGUAAUAAAUCAAGCUCAUAACCGGAUCAGACUGGCGAAUGGUCACAGUAACUGCUGUGGUCGAGUGGAGAUCCAGCACAAAGCCCAGUGGGGAACAGUGUGUGAUGAUGACUGGGACUUAAAGGAUGCACAGGUGGUGUGUAGACAGCUUGGAUGUGGUAAAGCAGUCAGCGCUCCUCAUAGUGCCCGCUUUGGUCAGGGAAGUGAACCAACCUGGCUGGAUAAUGUUCGAUGUAAUGGAACUGAGAGCUACAUAGAUCAGUGCUUACAUGGAGGAUUUGGAGUAGAGAACUGUGGACAUGGGGAAGAUGCUGGAGUUGUUUGCCUAAUUCAUAAGCAGAUCAGGCUGGUGAAUGGUACGGGUAACUGCUGUGGUCGAGUGGAGAUCCUGCACAACACCCAGUGGGGAACAGUGUGUAAUGAUGACUGGGACUUAAAGGAUGCACAGGUGGUGUGUAGACAGCUUGGAUGUGGUAAAGCAGUCAGCGCUCCUCAUAAUGCCCGCUUUGGUCAGGGAAGUGAACCAACCUGGCUGGAUGAUGUUCGGUGUAAUGGAACUGAGAGCUACCUAUAUCAGUGCUCACACAGAGGAUUUGGGGUAGAGAACUGUGGACAUAAUAGAGAUGCUGGAGUCGUGUGCUUAAAUUUGCAGAGUCCUACACUGACUCGGAUUUCCUCAAAUUCUGUGGUCUCACCUGGAGAAGUCCUUCAGUUCAGAUGUUCCACACCCAGCCCAACAUGCAUCUCUGUAGACUUCAGUUUGUAUAAAACUGGGACAUUAAUAAAGAAGCAAACUGCAGAGACUACAACAACAUUUACUCUGACUGUAGAUGAAUCACAUCAGGGCCAGUACACCUGUGACUACACAUACAGGGAAAGUAACUCUACAUCUUCCAGGAGCAGCUCCAUUACCAUCACUGUGGCUCAUAACCAGAUCAGGCUGGUGAAUGGUCACAGUAACUGCUGUGGUCGAGUGGAGAUCCAGCACAAAGCCCAGUGGGGAACAGUGUGUGAUGAUGACUGGGACUUAAAGGAUGCAGAGGUGGUGUGUAGACAGCUUGGAUGUGGUAAAGCAGUCAGCGCUCCUCAUAAUGCCCGCUUUGGUCAGGGAAGUGAACCAACCUGGCUGGAUAAUGUUCGAUGUAAUGGAACUGAGAGCUACAUAGAUCAGUGCUUACACAGAGGAUUUGGAGUAGAGAACUGUGGACAUGGGGAAGAUGCUGGAGUUGUUUGCCUGAAUUUACAGAGUCCCACACUGACUCGGAUCUCCCCAAACUCUGUGGUCUCACAUGGAGAAGUCCUUCAGUUCAGAUGUUCCACACCCAGCCCAACAUGCAUCUCUGUAGACUUCAGUUUGUAUAAAACUGGGACAUUAAUAAAGAAGCAAACUGCAGAGACUACAACAACAUUUACUCUGACUGUAGAUGAAUCACAUCAGGGCCAGUACACCUGUGACUAUUCAUACAGGGAAAGUAACUCUACAUCUUCCAGGAGCAGCUCCAUUACCAUCACUGUGGCUCAUAACCAGAUCAGGCUGGUGAAUGGUCACAGUAACUGCUGUGGUCGAGUGGAGAUCCAGCACAAAGCCCAGUGGGGAACAGUGUGUGAUGAUGACUGGGACUUAAAGGAUGCAGAGGUGGUGUGUAGACAGCUUGGAUGUGGUAAAGCAGUCAGCGCUCCUCAUAGUGCCCGCUUUGGUCAGGGAAGUGAACCAACCUGGCUGGAUAAUGUUCGAUGUAAUGGAACUGAGAGCUACAUAGAUCAGUGCUUACAUGGAGGAUUUGGAGUAGAGAACUGUGGACAUGGGGAAGAUGCUGGAGUUGUUUGCCUAAAUUUACAGAGUCCCACACUGACUCGGAUCUCCCCAAACUCUGUGGUCUCACCUGGAGAAGUCCUUCAGUUCAGAUGUUCCACACCCAGCCCAACAUGCAUCUCUGUAGACUUCAGUUUGUAUAAAACUGGGACAUUAAUAAAGAAGCAAACUGCAGAGACUACAACAACAUUUACUCUGACUGUAGAUGAAUCACAUCAGGGCCAGUACACCUGUGACUACUCAUACAGGGAAAGUAACUCUACAUCUUCCAGGAGCAGCUCCAUUACCAUCACUGUGGUUCAUAAGCAGAUCAGGCUGGUGAAUGGUACGGGUAACUGCUGUGGUCGAGUGGAGAUCCUGCACAACACCCAGUGGGGAACAGUGUGUGAUGAUGACUGGGACUUAAAGGAUGCACAGGUGGUGUGUAGACAGCUUGGAUGUGGUAAAGCAGUCAGCGCUCCUCAUAAUGCCCGCUUUGGUCAGGGAAGUGAACCAACCUGGCUGGAUGAUGUUCGGUGUAAUGGAACUGAGAGCUACCUAUAUCAGUGCUCACACAGAGGAUUUGGGGUAGAGAACUGUGGACAUAAUAGAGAUGCUGGAGUCAUGUGCUUAACUCAUAACCAGAUCAGACUGGUGAAUGGUCACAGUAACUGUUGUGGUCGAGUGGAGAUCCAGCACAAAGCCCAGUGGGGAACAGUGUGUGAUGAUGACUGGGACUUAAAGGAUGCAGAGGUGGUGUGUCGACAGCUUGGAUGUGGUAAAGCAGUCAGCGCUCCUCAUAAUGCCCGCUUUGGUCAGGGAAGUGAACCAACCUGGUUGGACGAUGUUCGGUGUAAUGGGACUGAGAGCUACAUAGAUCAGUGCUCACACAGAGGAUUUGGAGUAGAGAACUGUGGACAUGAUAAAGAUGCUGGAGCCGUGUGCUUAAAUUUGCAGAGUCCCACACUGACUCAGAUCUCCCCAAACUCUGUGGUCUCACCUGGAGAAGUCCUUCAGUUCAGAUGUUCCACACCCAGCCCAACAUGCAUCUCUGUAGACUUCAGUUUGUAUAAAACUGGGACAUUAAUAAAGAAGCAAACUGCAGAGACUACAACAACAUUUACUUUGACUGUAGAUGAAUCGCAUCACAGCCAGUACACCUGUGACUACACAUACAGGGAAAGUAACUCUACAUCAUCCAGCAGCAGCUCCAUUAUUAUCACUGUGGUGAACUUGCAGCAGCCCAAUAUAUCUUUCAGCGCUGCCGAUGGACCAGAAGUGACCAGGGGCUACAGCUUCUCCAUUAUCUGCUCCAUUGAACCUCAGUAUCCAGGAGGUUCCUUCCACUUGGAGCUCAGUGGAUCCAUCAUCACCAGGACUCAGUCAGCUGUUAACCACUCAGCUGUCUUUCUUUUUCCUGAGGCAGAUUUUGUCCAUCAAGGAAACUACAGCUGUACUUAUGAAGUCAACGUGUCUUCACGCACCUUUACCUCUACUGCUACUGAACCCCUGUUCAUCACUGUGAUGGAUGGCGCUAACAUACGGCUCAUUAAUGGCAGUAACUCCUGCUCUGGUAGAGUGGAAGUCUAUUAUAAUAACCAGUGGGGAACAGUGUGUGAUGAUGACUGGGACAUGAGUGAUGCACAGGUGGUGUGUAGACAGCUUGGAUGUGGUAAUGCUGACAGCGCUCAUCAAAGUGCUGCCUUUGGUCAGGGAAGUGGCCCAAUAUGGAUGGAUGAUGUUCAGUGUUCUGGAAGUGAAAGCAGCAUCACACAGUGCUCUGAUAGGGGAUUUGGAAAACAUGACUGUACCCAUAGUGAAGAUGCUGGUGUUACCUGUUCAGAGAUCAGGCUGGUGAACGGUGCGAGUAACUGCUGUGGUCGAGUGGAGAUUCGGCACAAAGCCCAGUGGGGAACAGUGUGUGAUCAUUACUGGGACUUAAAGGAUGCAGAGGUGGUGUGUAAACAGCUUGGAUGUGGUAAAGCAGUCAGCGCUCCUCAUAAUGCCCGCUUUGGUCAGGGAAGUGAACCAACCUGGCUGGAUGAUGUUCAGUGUACUGGAACUGAGAGCUACAUAGAUCAGUGCUCACACAGAGGAUUUGGAGUAAAGGACUGUGGACAUGGUGAUGAUGCUGGAGUCGUGUGCUCGAAUUUGCAGACUCCAACACUGACUCGGAUCUCCCCAAACUCUGUGGUCUCACCUGGAGAAGUUCUUCAGUUCAGAUGUUCCACACCCAGCCCAACAUGCAUCUCUGUAGACUUUAGUUUGUAUAAAACUGGGUCAUUAAUAAAGAAGCAAACUGCAGAGACUACAACAACAUUUACUUUGACUGUAGAUGAAUCACAUCAGGGCCAGUACACCUGUGACUACACAUACAGGGAAAGUAACUCUAUAUCAUCCAGGAGCAGCUCCAUUACCAUCACUGUGGGAAACUUGCAGAAGCCCAAUAUAUCCUUCAGUGCUGCUGGUAAAGCAAAAAUAACAAGGGGCUACAGCUUCUCCAUCAUCUGCUCCAUUGAACCUCAGUAUCCAGGAGGUUCUUUCCAUUUGAAGCUCAGUGGAUCCAACAUCACCAGGACUCAGUCAGCUGUUAACCACUCAGCUGUCUUUCUUUUUCCUAAGGCAGAUUUUGUCCAUCAAGGAAACUACAGCUGUACUUAUGAAGUUAAAGUGUCUUCCCGCACCUUUACCUCCACUGCUACUAAACCCCUGUUCAUCACUGUGAAAGAUGGCGCUAACAUACGGCUCAUUAAUGGCAGUAACUCCUGCUCUGGUAGAGUGGAAGUCUAUUAUAAUAACCAGUGGGGAACAGUGUGUGAUGAUUACUGGGACAUGAGUGAUGCACAGGUGGUGUGUAGACAGCUUGGAUGUGGUAAUGCUGACAGCGCUCAUAAAGAAGCUCACUUUGGUAAGGGUAGUGAUCCAAUAUGGUUGGAUGAUGUUCAGUGUUCUGGAAGUGAAAGCAGCAUCACACAGUGCACUCAUAGGGAAUUUGGAUUACACAACUGUAACCAUGGUGAAGAUGCUGGUGUUACCUAUUCUUAUAAAGAGAUCAGGCUGGUGAACGGUGCGAGUAACUGCUGUGGUCGAGUGGAGAUUCGGCACAAAGCCCAGUGGGGAACAGUGUGUGAUCAUUACUGGGACUUAAAGGAUGCAGAGGUGGUGUGUAAACAGCUUGGAUGUGGUAAAGCAGUCAGUGCUCCUCAUAAUGCCCGCUUUGGUCAGGGAAGUGAACCAACCUGGCUGGAUGAUGUUCAGUGUACUGGAACUGAGAGCUACCUAUAUAAGUGCUCACACAGAGGAUUUGGAGUAAAGGACUGUGGACAUGGUGAUGAUGCUGGAGUCGUGUGCUCGAAUUUGCAGAGUCCCACACUGACUCAGAUCUCCCCAAACUCUGUGGUCUCACCUGGAGAAGUUCUUCAGUUCAGAUGUUCCACACCCAGACCAACAUGCAUCUCUUUAGACUUUAGCUUGUAUAAAACUGGGACAUCAAUGAAGAAGCAAACUGCAGAGACUACAACAACAUUUACUCUGACUGUAGAUAAAUUACAUCAGGGCCAGUACACCUGUGACUACUCAUACAGGGAAAGUAACUCUAUAUCAUCCAGGAGCAGCUCCAUUACCAUCACUGUGGUAAACCUGCAGCAGCCCAGUAUCUCCUUCAGUGAUGCUGAUAGACUUGAAGUAACAAGAGGCUACAGCUUCUCCAUCAUCUGCUCCACUGAACCUCAGUAUUCAGGAGGUUCCUUCCACUUGGUACUCAGUGGAUCCAACAUCACCAGGACUCAGUCAGCUGUUAACCACUCAGCUGUCUUUCUUUUUCCUGAGGCAGAUUUUGUCCAUCAGGGAAACUACAGCUGUACUUAUAAAGUUAACAAGUCUUCACGCACCUUUAAUUCCACUGCUACUGAUCCCCUGUUCAUCACUGUGAAAGCAUCUCUGGCUCCUUACAUUGGUUUUGGAGUGACAGCAGGACUGCUUCUCAUCUUAGUUCCAGUCAUCAUUUACUUUGUGAAGACACAGAAAAGACUAAACUAUCAAGAGGAUAAAAUGAAGAAUACACAGUGUGGCAGAACCACACACGAGGAUCCCCAAGGAGAAUUUGAGACAGAUGACGAAGCUGAUUAUGAAAAUGCCGAAACCAUUCACCAACAGAGGAAGGAUUCAGACGACUCAGAUAAUGACUACAUUAAUCUUGAUGCCAAUAUAAAAAGAUGUGCAGUGGACAAUGACUAUGAGGGCGAUGGAAUUUAUGCAAACUAUGCAGUGUAG